GGUUGAGAAUCAUUGAGUCAAUAAGAUUGAUUAUCCUUUCUGAAUGAUAACCGCACAAACUGACGAUUGUGACUCACCGUCAACGAAAAGGCUGGGAAUAUCGCGGACUCCCACCGGGCGGGGUCCGAAAAGAGUAUAGCUUCACCAUCACCUUCUUUCAUCAACACUAUAAAAACCCUUCUCACCAGCACAUACACACACACACACACACACACAGACACAGACACAGAAGCAAACACACAUAUAAAGCGGAUCCAUCGUUAGAACAUCACCUAUAAAUUAGCGACUCCUCCUCGAAAUGUCUUACCCCACCCCCCUACGCUCCCAACGCCUCAUCUACCGCGCCGUCGAAGACACCCCCGAAGACGAAGACUUCAUCCACUCCAUCCAAUCCGACCCGGAAGCCUACGCCAACUCGACCCCCGCCCUACCCAAGCCCCAGGCCAAACGCGACACCGUCAAUGGGUACAAGAAAUCCCUGAUGGAACGAACCCUGCUGGCGGCUAUCCUCGUAUUGCCGCCUGAUUCGGGGCGUGCAGAGGAGGAGGGGGAUGAGCGCGCGAAGACGGACGCAGGGUCCAGUGCAGGUUCCGGCACCCCAAUUGGAAUCAUCUCGCUCCGGAAAGAGGGCGGCGACUAUGCCCACCAUCGUGGCACAUCCAUCACCCUCGACAUUGCGCGGCCCUACCGGAACCAGGGGUACGGGAGCGAGGCGAUCCACUGGGUCCUGCACUGGGCGUUUCAGCGGGCGGGUCUGCACCGCGUCGAGAUCCAGGCUCUGUCGUAUAACGAGGGCGCGGUGCGGUUGUAUGAGCGGUUGGGAUUCAGGGUGGAAGGGCGCCGGCGGGAGGCGUUUUGGCAUGAUGGGAAGUGGCAUGAUGAUCUGGUGUUUGGGAUGUUGGAGAGGGAGUGGAGGGAGAGGCAGACGGGUCGAGAAGAUGUGCAUGGCAAUUGAACUGGGGAUUUCACCAGUGAGAUUAUGGGGGAUUGUUUCAGUCGAAACCCAGCCGAGUCGUUCCUGGUUCAUGAGCGCAUGAGACCAGAUGGCACCGGUAGCAAGAAUCACAAAUCAUCAUCCUCGUGUCCAAGCUCCAUUCUGUGGCU